AUGUCUAUCUGGCGUGGUGACUCGAGACAAUCGCAAGACCACCACCUCGACACACACUCUCCACCAGCAAUGGGACUCUUACAAAACCCCGACUCGCCCAAUGCACGAUGGGUUAUUCAAAAGUUCGGCGGGACAAGCGUUGGAAAAUUUGCGGCGAAAAUCGCUGAAGAAGUGGUUCCAAUCACCCCCUUCCUCUCCAAGCGUAGAGCCUAUAUUACCGAGGACAAAGUAGUACUUGUCUGUUCUGCCCGAUCAGGGUCCACCAAGGCCCUUGGGACCACGAAUCUCCUAUUGCAAGCUGCGAGCGAAGCACUCCGCCAGCCAGCCCACAACGGACUGAGCACUCCAGCACGCAGCAAUUCGAUAUCGAGCUCUGGAGGGCUUCCGUGGAGUCCUACGCCCAAGAGGAUUUCACAGCCACAUACACCCUCGUUCUCUCGUGCCGCCUCGCCCGGAACUGGUCUCGACAGACUGGCAGCACGAAAGGCUGGGGGAUCUCCUCCACGCGAGCCCUCUCCUCCUACCCCUGUUUCUGCUAAUACUAUCCCUAUAUCAUUCUCCCGUACCGUAGAUCUGAUUUGCAGCGAGCAUGUAACCGCUGCACGGGAGCUCAUCCGCGAUCCUGACCUGCUACGAGAGUUGGAACACGAAAUCGUCCGCGACUGCGACAGUCUUCGCGCAUUCCUGGCAGCCGCUCAGCUCAUUGAAGAGAUCUCGGUUCGAAGUAGGGAUAGCAUUCUCGGUGUAGGCGAAAGGCUCGCCUGCAAGCUUGUUGCUGCCGUGCUGCGGGACCGUGGCGUUGAUUCAGAGUUUGUGUCCCUUGAAAGCAUUGUCCCCGCAUUCGAGAGCGAACUAGAAAACGGUAGCACCCAGCUCGACCAGUCAUUUUAUGACUCUGUUGCCAAGGCCGUCGGCGAGCGACUUGCCCAGUGCGAGAGGCGCGUACCAGUCGUGACAGGCUUUUUCGGGCCGGUCCCUGGUUCACUCUUGGCCCAGAUCGGGCGUGGCUACACCGAUCUGUUGGCCGCGCUGGCCGCGGUAGGCACACAAGCUCGGGAACUCCAGAUAUGGAAGGAAGUAGAUGGGAUCUUUACAGCAGACCCAAGAAAGGUCCCCACCGCGCGUCUUUUGUCCAACAUUUCUCCCGACGAGGCGGCCGAGUUGACUUAUUAUGGCUCGGAAGUCAUUCAUCCGUUUACCAUGGCCCAAGCUAUCCGCGCUCGUAUCCCCAUCCGUAUCAAAAACGUCGAACGACCCUCGGGCGACGGUACAGUCGUCGAUCCCGACCCCGACGCGCUAGGAAGCUUCGUACCCAGCACACCCAAAAGCAACGUCCCAAUCGGACUACCGGGCGCCGGCCCGCCUCCCCCAACCAUAAACGGCAACGGAUACACCUACAACGCGUCGAACCAACGUCUCCCGACGGCCGUGACGAUCAAAGAACACAUCAUAGUCCUCAACGUGCGCUCAAACCGCAAAACCCGGUCGCACGGCUUUCUCGCGCGCGUCUUUGGAUCGCUCGACCGACACGGUGUGAUCGUCGACCUCAUCUCCACGAGCGAAGUGCACGUGAGCAUGGCGAUCGCUGCCGAGCCCGGGUCCGGAUCCAGCGGCUGUUCGACGGUGGCCAUGACGCUCGGGGACGGGAUUACCACGCCCGAGACGGUCGUUCCGAGGGGAACACCCAAGGCGAUCGUUAAAGUCGUCCAAGAGCUGCAUGCAACCUCGACAUGCACGCUCUCGCUCCAUCCCGGGAUGGCCAUCUUGUCCCUCGUGGGCAGGCAGAUGCGCCAUAGUGUCGGUGUGGCCGGUCGGAUGUUUGAUACGCUUGCCAAGGGGGGUGUGAAUAUCGAGAUGAUCUCGCAAGGCGCGAGCGAGAUUAAUAUUAGUUGCGUUAUCGAGGGACGGGAUGCUGUCAAGGCGCUGAACCUCAUCCACCAAGGGCUGUUACAGGUCAGAGGCGAAGGUGUUGGAGGAAAAGUCGGUCCGUGGCUAUUUUGA